AUGGCAGAAUCGCAGAAGGGAGCUUCGUCAUCCAUCAAAUCCAAAGAAAAAUCUUCACUGCUAGAUCUGGACAUUGGAAAGGAUUUUCUUAGCUCCUGGAAGUCAUUGAAUGUGACAAAAGAUGACACAAUGGAUUUUGACUUUGGGCCUGUUGGAAAAGUUAAGAAUAAGGCAUUCAAGGACAUGGACUUCACUUUUGAUGGCGAUUUUGACAAGUUAUCAUCAUUCAGAGUUGACAUGUCUGAUAUUGAUAUGUCUUCCCCACUUAAAAAAGGUGGAAAACUCAAAGAAAGAGCUAAAGAAGAUUCCGUUAGUGGAAAUAAUCAAGAGAAAGCUGACAGCUUUGCCUUCUCGUUUGAUUUUAAUGAGUUGGAUAAUUUCAGUUUUGAGCCUAGUUUAACUAAAAAAGAAAAGCAACCUAACAAAAACCAAGAUAGGGAAGAAUCUACAAACAAGAAUGAGUGUCAAAGCUCUGGGAUCCGCCUGACUGAAAAUAUUGGUGCACUGGAAGAUGGUACAAAUCUGAAGCUUCCAGAAUCAGGUGGUGAAAUCUCUUCAACACCUGAUAUUGAGGUUGGUGGUGUUAUGGAUUUUGCUUCCACAAUUGAGAAUCUCCCUUCACAAUCUGUGGCAAAUGGCAUUGGCCCAUCAAAACCUGCAACAGAUGACAAUUGCCCUUCGAAAUCUGCAACCUUAGAAAAUAAAGUUGCAUCACACGGGGAAAGAACUUCACCUGAAAAAACGAUUUCUAUGAACACAGAAGAAAUGGACCAAGACAUGUGCCAUCCAGAGAAGACUACUUCCCAAGAAACUUUUCAGCAGAGAACCAUGCAGUAUGUAUCUGUCCAAUCUCUGUCUGAGAAUUCAUCAGCCCGAGAUGCUGCUUCAGAGUUCCAGGAAGAAGUUAGUUCUCAGCAAACUAAAUUGGGUUGCAUUUCGAAUAGUGAACAAAAGGUUAAUGUGGGAGUGAUGACCACUUCAGGCUCUAAUGAUGGAAAUUCACCGUCGGAGCACUUGGCUCUACAACACACGGGAAGUUUUCCAAGUGACAAUGGUGAAAGAAGUAAGUUUGGGGGUGAAAGUCAUGAACUAUUGGGGGAUAAAGAUGGCGCUGAACCAGCAGAAAGCGGUUCACUGUUCGAAAAUACAGUUGGAACAGAUGAACUAAGGGAACCAAUGCAUGACACAAAGGCCUAUACUGAGAACCAGUAUUCGACUUCAGAGCACUUUGUGGCUCCGUUGAGCAGUGGAACCCCAGUUGGUAGCUUGAUGCCUGUCAAUGAAAGAGAGACUGGUGCUAUCCGAUCAAGGUUUUUCAGGAGAUCAGAUGAAACUGAAUCUCAGUUGGAGCAGGCAUUAUCAACUCAGACAAAGACCUUGCUUGGGAGCAAAAAAAUUGGAACCAGGCUACUAAGCCCUGCAGAUGAAAGAAGAGAGCAUGCUGAUGCUAAAGAUGCACAGAGUGGGAGCAAACUGGUUGGUAUUUCACGGUUACAACCUAGAGAGUCAUCAGCCAGAGGUGAACCUGUUCAGUCAGGAAGUCGGACAAGCAUUAAAGGCCUUAAUAUUAUUGGCAGGGAUGGCUUCAAUGCUGAUGGUACACAAUCUGGGAGUAAUUUGAUUGGUGCUUCAAGGCCCCAUGAUCGAGAUGUCACAAAAGGAGAAACUGCUUCAAGGAUAAAUGAAACAAACAUUAAAGAUCAUGAUGCUUUUAGCUCUGGUAUCAAUGCUCCGAGUUUAAGUGAGCAGACAAAUAAAUCUGCUUCACAGCGUAGUGCAAAUCCCAGACUUCUGGUUUUGGGCAAGAAAUCCAUUCACAACAUCAAGAACACCUGUGUUGAGGGAAACAAAAUUUCUCCUGUUACAGCUGCUAGGAGGGCACCUGAUCUCACUGUCUUGAACCUUUCAAGGGGUAAUGGAGCAAAGCAUGCUCCACGAAAUUCUACAUUUCAGAAAGAUGGCAGAUCCUUGAGAAGCUUAGACCAAAACAUGGAUUUACAACGAAGAGAAGUAUCCAAUAUAACCCAUUCAGUUGAUAAAGAGAAGCAAACACCACCAACCCCACCUUUGAAGCGGAAAACAUUUGAGGAAUCAAUCGGGAAUUCACUGACAUUAAAUCCAUCAAAACGCCUCUUGCAGUCUCCUCGUGAAAACAGGUCCUUGUCAUACCAUUUACUGUCUAUUUGGUCAAAUUUAACUAUCUCAGUUGUUUCUUGCACUUAGACAUUCCUCUACCAUAAACUCUACAGACCUUUGAUAGAAACUUCAGAAAUAGUUUCUGACAAACAGGCCGGCAACCAUGAGGAUCUGGCUCAUGGAGGCACCCAGAAUGAAUUCAGUGAUUAUCAUAUCUCUGGAAUUGAUAUUACUCGCAAAGUAAACAUGACAGAAGUGGAAACCCCUUGGGCAAUGGAAAAUGAUAGCCAUGUUGAGAAGGCUGAGGCAUGCACAAAGGAGCUUGAAGAUGUAUGGCUCUUGGCUCUAUUUUCUGCUACACCCUGGACAAUCAGAAUCUG